AUGGGUGCCAAAAUCAUUGCACCCAGAUCAGCUGAAGACAGAGAAGAGCUUUCAAUGGAAAUUUUAAACAAGCAGGAUCAAGAUCCUGAGGCAUUUCUCCAAAGAAUUGUAAUAGGAGAUGAAACGAUGAAACGUGGCUUUACCAGCACAAUUCUGAAGAGAAGUCACAAUCAAAGCACUGACUACUACGAGGUGGACGUGGUCCAGUCAAAGCAAAAGCAGACUGCGUCCGGCAGGGGGCGCCGCGACUCCCUGGUUCCCCGGCCCCUCCCCCCGGGCAACCGUCGAUUGGGCCGGCGCGUGACGUCACGCCGUUUUAGCCACACAAAUGGGUUUCGGGGCGCGCGUUGGGCUCCGCCUCAGCUGUGGGGAGUUAGCCGGGCCUCCAUUCGCCGCCGGCGCAUCGGCCUGGCGCAUCCCCGGGCCAGGCCCCGGCCCGGGCAGGAGCGCAGGAAAAUGGCAGAUAGUUUUUCGCUUAAUGAUGCGUUAUCUGGGUCUGGAAAGCCAAACCCUCAAGGAUGGCCUGGUUCAUGGGGCAACCCGCCUCCUGGGGCAGGGGGCUACCCAGGUGCCUCCUAUCCUGGGGCCUACCCUGGGCAGACACCCCCAGGGGCCUAUCCUGGGCAGGCGCCUCCAGGGGCUUAUCCUGGGCAUGGGCCUCAUCCUGGGCAGGGGCCUCCUGGUGCCUACCCUGGCCCUCCACCACCUGGAGCUUAUCCCGGACCACCUGCACCUGGAGGCUACCCGGGGCAACCGGGCGGGCCUGGGGCCUACCCACCUCCUGGACAGCCCAGUGCUCCCGGAGCCUACCCUGCUGCCGGCCCCUAUGGCGCCCCUGCUGGACCACUGGUGACUUCUGGCAACUGGCGCAGCGAGCAGGGUCCUAAAGGCGGAAACGUCGACCAGAGUGAAGGAGGUUCCCAUACAGCAUCUCAGGAACCUGGAGAAGGCCACAAGCCGCCGUCUCCAGGAAAGAUGACAGACAAACGAUAUGGAUCCCCCGCAGAAGAAUCAAACCCAGAGUGGAAACCUGAGGGGAAAAAGCAGAAGACGCCACCGUCUACGUCUGAAGCCUUGAGCAAGGAUUCUCAAAGGAAGAAACCAAAGUACAAGAAACUCCGAUCCAAGAACACACAACAGUCAGAACCCAUAACAUGGGGCAAGCUGAAGAAGACCUAUGAAGAAGCAGACAAGAUACUGGAUCAGACAUCUGUGCCUAAAACGUCUGCAAACCUUUUUCUUGCUAUGAUCAGCGCGGUGAGCAUGGCGUCUAGAAAAAGCUCCGAAGAAGACGACACUCCGGAGAACAAUGUCUCACAGUGAUGGCUAUCGAACUUCAUCAGCUUGCUUCUAAAAAGGAAGGAGGAGAUGUUGGGAAAUAGGGUUAAGAGACAUGGAAAGCUUCAGGAGUUUUGCAGGCCUUUUGUCUUGAAGGAAUCCAUGGGCAUAUUACUUCACAGACCAGAAGCUGCUUAGCAACAAGGGAGACAUUCCACCCAUCAGGGAUGACUGCAAGGCAGUGCCUGGAGCUUGUGCAAGGCAGAGCUCGGCAUAGGGCCCAAGGCUAAGAAACUGAUUGAAAAAUGCCAGCCCAGCAGACAACUUGCAGCCAGAACUAUCAUAAACUUCAAGACUAUUCCUGCUUCACUCCAGAGCAUAUGUCUCUCUAUAUAGAGAAAUAGAUUAGAUUAGUAUGCAGGGUCAGUGUUCCUGCUUUAUGCAUUUUUAUCUUUAACUUGUAUGCUCAGCUAGGUCUAUUCUUAACUUAGGGCUUAAAAUGUUUAUCUUAGAAAAAUUUUGUAACCGUUUACUUUUGUAGACAGAAUUAGGUAAGAUUCCAUUGAAACCCUUGGGGAGCCUUGAAACCUACACGAAUGAUCUGUACACAUAAUUCUAUGACCAAGGACAACUGCUGCCUGUAACAGUAAAUACAGAUGUGGGACUUCACUCAGUGCCUCCUGGCUCACAGGAAUGCUGGAGGACCCCUGACGUCACCAUUACUUUAAACUACA